AUGUCGGCAACAACGACGAGCGUAUCACCAUGGUCGACACUUCCAGAUCAUCUAAGACCGAUGCUUGACCCGCCGGACGGUGUCAUUCCAAAUUUCGAAAACCCCUACGAUAUUGGAUGGCAAAUCAUUGUUGGAACCGCAGUCACUCUCCCCUUAGCGAUAAUUGCCUGUAGUAUGAGAUUUUACACCCGUCUGGUGUUAAUACGGAAUUUUAGAGCAGAUGAUUAUUUAUUAUUAUUCACUUUAAUAUCAUCUUUGGCAUUUCAAUCAUGCAAUGUUUAUAGCGUCACUCUCGGAUUGGGGAAGAACAUGUGGGAUGUCCCGUGGACAAUAAUGUCGCCAGUCCUGAAGUGGUUUCUUGCGACCGAACUUACAUAUUUCGUGGCGAUAUGUGGUUGCAAACUCACAAUCCUUGCCUUUUACCUACGAUUCAUCAUGAACAAGACACAGAAAUACAUCAUCUGGGGGUUUCUAGCUGCGAUCAUAUUAUAUAAUGUCUUAACCAUCUUGAUCCUCAUCUUUGCCUGCAGGCCGGUAUCGACACUAUGGGAUUGGAAUUUGGAUCAAUCAAAUUGCCUUGAUGUCGACCCGUUAUACUUUAUUAAUGCGGCUUUGAAUACGAUCACGGAUGUUGCAAUUUUGAUACUGCCUCUGAGGACGCUAUGGAAAUUGAAGAUGCCGACAAGUCAAAAGGUUGGCCUCAUAAUGCUUUUUACGACUGGAGGAUUCAUUAUUAUUAUCACAAUCAUUCGAAUGGUGCAGCUCACCAGUAUACCCAACGGUGGGCAAAACAUCACAAUGGGAUUUGUCGGCCCCUCUCUUUGGUCCGCCGUUGAAGUCAAUCUCAGUAUGGUGUGCGCCUCGAUACCCGCGCUGAAGCCUUUCAUUAUUCGUCACUUCGGCAAAUAUUUCAGCAAAUGGGCCUCUGGAAAUGGAUACUUCAAGAACAGUCGCGGCGUUGGGGAGUCAGGCGGAAUUCAGCUUUCGGGAGCAAAACGUGGGACGAAUAACAACAGCCACUUCAAGAAAAGUGGACUUUUCUACAAAGGCGGUGCUCUCACCACAACAGAGAUUACCGCUACGCAAAGCGAUGAAAAUCGGUUGGUCGGUGGUGGUGGUGAUGGUGCAAAUGAUGCCCAGUUCACCGAUAUCGAGCUGGGCAGCCAAUCAUCACUGCCAGAUCACGGAAGGCAGAUGUUCCACAACUACGAUCUAAGGAUAAUGAAGACGAGCAACAUCGUAGUCGAUUCGAGACGGAUCAGUGUCGAAACUGCCCGGUAG